AUGCGGGCCCUGCUGCCGCUGCUCCUGGCCGCCCGCCUCGGCGCCACCCUGCCCGGGGCCCCGGCCUCCGCCGCGCAGCGGACCGCCCUGCACAUCCUGGUGCCCUGGCUGCUCUCCUCGGCGCCCCCCGGAGCCCCGAAGAUCUCCUAUGUGCUUACAAUAGAAGGGAAGCCCUACACCGUUCACCUGCAGCAGCAAGUGUUUUUACCCAGUGAUUUCAGGGUGUAUACUUACAGCAGACAAGGUGCCGUGCAUGCUGAAAUCCCAACUAUUAAGCGCGACUGCUUCUACAGAGGAUACGUUGUUGGUUUCCCCAGUUCGGUUGUGACUCUCAGCACCUGCACUGGACUGAGGGGGGUUCUGCAGGUGGAGAAUGUCACCUACGGCAUCGAGCCCUUGGACUCGGCGCCUGGGUUCCAGCACUUGAUGUAUCGGGUCUGGAACGAGGACGUUGAGAGUCGGCUCUUUGUGGAGAACGACACUCUUUCAGGGGACGGAGGAGUCAUACUUCAGCCAGAUGCAGGAAGAGAUGCUAUACCAAUACAAGGCCUCAGCAAAUCCCCCAGAUACGUGGAAAUGCACGUGGUUGUGGCUAAGGCUCUAUACGACUACAUGGGCUCUGACAAGGAGGUGGUGACAGAGAAGGUCGUGCAGCUCCUCAGCUUUGUCAACAGUGUGUUUGCCCCUCUCAAUGUGACCAUCAUCCUGUCGUCCCUGGAGCUGUGGGUGGACGAGGACCAGAUGGCGACGGCAGGGGAAGCCCCCGAGUUGCUGUGGAGGUUUCUGCGGUGGAAGAGCCUGCACCGCCCGCUGCGGCCGCACGACCUCAGCUACCUGUUGGUGUCCCGGGAGCGGCCAGAGCACGUGGGGGCCUCCUUUGCAGGGCAGCUGUGUCUGCGCAACUAUUCGGGAGGGGUGGCCCUGUACCAGAGAGCGGUGACCCUGGAGACCUUUUCAGUCGUCGUGGCUCAGCUGCUGGGGCUGAGCCUGGGGAUGACCCUCGAGGACCCCAGGACCUGUCGCUGCGCGGGAGCCACCUGCGUCAUGCACCCCGGCGCAGUAGGUGCCAGCGGCCCCAGGGCCUUCAGCGCCUGCAGCAUCCGAGACUUGGUGAGGUUCCUGGCGAGCGAGGAUGGACGCUGCCUCCUGAACAGGCCGCACAUGAACGUGUCGUACCGGGCGCCUGUCUGCGGCAACAAUAUCGUGGAACCCGGGGAGGAGUGCGACUGCGGCUCGUCAUGGGAGUGCCAGAGGAGCCGGUGCUGCCAGCCCACCUGCAGAUUCAGAAGCAACAUCAAAUGUUCCACUGGGCUCUGCUGCUGGGAGUGCCAGUUCCUGCGCAACGGUACAUUAUGUCGAAGCACUGUGGACGGUGAGUGCGAUCUCCAGGAGUACUGCAACGGAUCCUCUGGGGCCUGCCCGCCUGACUUCUGGGUCAUGGAUGGGCACCCAUGCAAGCGGCAGUCUGGCUACUGUUACAAAAGCAGGUGCCAGCUGGCCGACAAGCAGUGCACCCAAGUGUUUGGGAGAGGGGCAAAAAGCGCACCUUUGGCUUGCUACGAAGAAGUCAAUAGCAAAAACGACCGCAUGGGGAACUGUGGCUCCCAGCCGAGGGGGUACCUGAGCUGCCCGGCGAGCGACUUCCUCUGCGGGAAGCUGGUGUGUGAGCUGCCGCUAAAAAAGCCCUUUGUGAAGACGACAGCAGCCGUCAUCUAUGCCAGGGCCAAGAGUCACCUGUGCGUCACCCUGGAUUACAUGCAGGAACUGGGCAAGACAGACCCCAUGGCGGUGAGCGAUGGCACCGUCUGCGGGGACAAGAAGAUCUGCAUAAACCGGAAGUGCGUGGACGUUUCUGUCCUGGGCUACAACUGUGACGUGGCGGCCAAAUGCAACAAUCGCGGGGUCUGCAACAACAGAGGAAACUGUCACUGCGAAUCUGGCUGGAUGCCGCCCGACUGCACCGUUAAGACGAAAGCUGGCUUUGGGGGAAGCAUCGACAGCAACUUCAGAAGCAGUCCGAUCACCGACGGAGUCCACAUGACCACUGUGAGAAACUGGCUGCUGCUGAGCUGCUUUCUCUUUCUGCCGGUCUUGGUUGGUUCUGUCAUCCUGGUGAUGAAGCGCAAGAAGCUGGCACAGUGCUGUGACAAGGAGGAGCUGCAGGCUGACAAUCUGUUCCGCCCACCUCCCCAGCCCGUCCGAAUCCUCCUGGAGGCGCUCCCUGCCCUCGAGUGUGUCUCCCUCCUCGCCUUGGUUUGGUGUCAUCUGCCAACUUGGACCAGGUGCUUUCUACUCCCUCGUCCAAGUCACCCGUGAAGAUAUUGAACAGUACCGGUCCUGGGACAGAGCCUUUUGCGGGACUCAGCUGCCCACACGUCUCCAAGUAGAAACUGACCCGUCCACCGCCGCUCUCUGGGUGUGUCCCACAAGCCAAUUUUCCAGACUGCGUGAUAAUCUACGUGACCACUGUGUCGUUUGUUUAUCAGAGUUGGGUGCCACGCUGUGUCAAAGGCCUUUUUAAAGUCUAAGGACAUAACAUCUA